AUGAACCGCAAAAGGGAAAAGAUAAAGUUGACAUGGCUAAAUAAAGCCGAGGACUCCCCCAGAAAGCUCAUGAAGAACAAUAUGGGUGUAGCACGGCCCACGUCCUUGGAUGGAGAUGGCCAGAACGAUGAUGGUGAUGAUGAUGAUGAUGAUGAUGAUGUUGGUGGUGGUAUGAGCGACAUAAGCCCCCCUGACCUGAACACAUCUACUGGUUUGGCUGGGUUGGGUGAAAUGGAAAACAUGUACCUCAGCACUCCUCAUAAAGAAACGUCAAGUUCUUCAAAGGCUCAGGUCACACCUAAAACGCACUCAAAGAUCACUGGGCGCCACAGAGCAUUGCAGAAAAGAACAAGUCUUGAUGAGGACAUGGUUUCGGGACAACAAACACCUGUUGGACCUUCACCUGCUGCUAGGAGGAAACGCAGGUGUCCAGAAGAGGGGUUAAAAGUAAUUUACCUCAAAGCGCUGAAUGCUGUUAUAGGGAAUGUGGACAAGAAGUCCCCAUUUGGUGGACAAAAAACACCCUCUGCAAGGAGAAUUCUUAACACAACUGUGAAGGCGAAGGAAAAAAAAAAAUUACCAACUUACCAAAACAGUUCUGACCAUAACUGCUGUUCAUUUAGUGAGGAGAAUGAAGCACUUCCUUUGAUCAAGACUAAGGACAAUAGGCCUCCGCCGAUGGAGUUCAUAGAGACUGAAGACGACGACAGGGAAAUAAAGUUGGACACCAGGAGUGUGAUCCUAAAGAGGUCAGAAUCACCUGAUUGGUCAGAUGUUGAGGACUCUGAACAAGUCGAGGUUUUCUCACAGGAUGAGUACCUGGAGUCCAAGACCCACCAAAGGACAGAGUACAAGAGGGAUUAUCAGCUUGUGGUCAUGAAGGACAUGCCCCCACCAUUGAAAUGCAUACCUUACACAUCACCACCUUUCUUCAGCACAGUUGGUGCUGGUUGGCCAUUAUUACCUGCCAGGGAGGUGGAGGUGUUAUCAAAACAUCCACUCCAGGACACUGCCUCUGACCUUGCACCUUCCAAAAACCAUGUGUGUAGCUCUGUAUUACGACGGGCCCUCAAAUUUCAGCCGUCAAGCAUCAGUGCGUCUCCUUUGGCCAAUCCUUUCCCUUUGCCCAGAAGAGCUCAUAGAACUGUAACCUCUGGUAGCAAGGCUCGCUCGCCUCUUAUCGUACGCAGGACUUCAGACUCAAAGACAUUCGCAUCGUCGCAUAUGCGUUUAACUAUGGACAGUGCCACCCGCAGGAUGUCUGUUGGCUCUGAGCCCCUUUGGCUAACAGACAUGGACUACUCGUAUGCAGAUUCUCAAGGAUUUAUUGACACUCAUUGUCACCUUGACAUGCUCUAUGCAAAGUUGGGUUUCCAGGGAAGUUUCCAAAGAUUUCAAAGGGAGUACGCAAGCAGUUUCCCGGUGGAGUUUAGGGGUUGCAUCGCAGACUUCUGCCACCCACGAAUAACCCAGAAAGAGGACAUUUGGGAGGGGCUACUCCGAGAGGAGCGAGUGUGGGGGGCUUUUGGUUGCCACCCCCAUUUUGCCAAGGAGUAUAACCACACUCAUGAGCAAAGCAUCAUGGGUACAAUGCGUCAUCCUAAAGCCAUUGCAUUUGGAGAGAUCGGUCUGGAUUAUUCGCAUAAGAAUUCCACAGACUCCAGGAAACAGAAAGAGGUGUUUGAACGGCAGUUACAGUUGGCGGUCUCUCUUGGAAAGCCUCUAGUCAUUCAUUGUCGGGAUGCUGACGAUGAUGUGCUAAAAAUUAUGAAGAAGUGUGUUCCACGGGAUUACAAAAUUCACCGACACUGUUUCACCAACAGCUACUCCGUGAUUGAGCCAUUCUUGAGUGAAUUCUCAAAUCUGUGUGUGGGUUUCACUGGACUGGUGACGUAUCCUCGUGCUGUUGAGGCUCGAGAAGCUGUGCGGAAAAUCCCACUUGAUAGAAUCCUACUGGAGACAGAUGCACCAUAUUUCCUUCCCAGACAGGUGCCCAAGUCUGUAUGUAGGUUUGCUCACCCUGGAAUGGGCAUACACACACUGCGUGAGAUUAGUCUGCUGAAAGGAGAAGUCUUAACCAAAGUACUGCAAACUGUCCGACAAAACACUACAUUUAUCUACGGCCUGUGAUCGGAGACUUUGUUGUAAUUCUGGCUAGCACUGCUAGAAUAUAGUUAUU